UCUCUCCGCACAUCCAGGUAUCUCUCCGCUAUCAACCAAGCAUUCCACAAAAGGAGACGAUGUCGAAGCUUUCACCGAUAACGUUUUCGAAGGAGGAGUUUGUAAAGGAGCUGGAGGGGCUCGCAAAAGCAGGAAAGGCGGCAGCGACGACAUCGAGGGAGGUGGCUGAGAUUCUGGACCAGAGCGAUGCGCUUCGGACGCUGAGAGACGAGUACAACGUGCCGACGCUGGCUGACGUCGGUGCAUCGGUGGCAAAUGGAUCAGGGCCUGACACGAAGGCGCUGUACCUCUGCGGCAACUCGCUGGGGCUCUUGUCAAAGACGUCGAGAAAGUACGUCGAGGAGGAAAUCGAUGCUUGGUCCAGAAAGGCCGUCUUGGGUCACUGGGACCACCCGUAUGGCCGGCCAUGGACGCGGUGCGAGGAGCGAGCCACGAGGCUGAUGGCUGAUGUCGUUGGCGCCAAGCCGAGCGAGGUCGUCGUCAUGUCGUCGCUCAGCUCCAAUCUCCACACUAUGCUCACUACGUUCUACAAGCCGGAAAAGGGCAAGCGGCACAAGAUCCUCUACGAGGCCCGCGCUUUUCCUUCGGACCAGUACGCGUUGGCGAGCGCCGUCGCCCUCGCUGGCCUCGAUCCCCGCGAGAGCCUGCUGGCCAUCGAGCCGCGGGAGGGCGAGACGACGCUGCGGACAGACGACAUCCUAGCCACACUCGAACGGGAAAAAGAGACAGCGCAUACAAUCAUGCUCGGUGGCAUCCAGUACCUCUCUGGACAGCUGUUCGAUGUGCCGGCCGUGACGAAGCGGACUCGAGAGCUGGGCGUCGUCGUUGGCUGGGAUUUCGCCCACGCGUUCGCCAAUGUGCCUCUGGCCUUGCAUGACUGGGACGUCGACUUUGCCGUCUGGUGCACCUACAAGUACGGAUGCGCAGGCCCCGGUGCCAUCGCCGGUGCCUUUGUCCACGAGCGAUGGGGCUCGAUUGGCAUGCGGACGAGCAUCGGCCGAGACGCAAAGGCCAAGCCCAACGCCAAGGGCGUCGACGGCCUUGUCCGACCGGCUGGCUGGUGGGGCCACGUCAAGUCGACGCGCUUCACGAUGCCCGACUCGUUCGAGGCCAUCACCGGCGCCGGCGGCUUCCAGCUCUCGAACCCGCCGCUGUUCGAGAUGGCUUGCCUGCUCGGCUCGCUCGAGACGCUGUCCCGCGCGCCUGCGCUCCUUGCCGCCGACGGCAAGGCGGCCGCCGCUGCCGCUGAGGAUGUCGGCUCCGAGUCGUACGGCCACGCCGUCGAGGCGAGCAGCGGUCCCGUGGGCUUCGGCCACAUCAUGCCUGCGCUACGCCAAAAGAGCCUCCGCCUCACCGCCUACCUCGAGCAUCUCCUCCUCCAGCCCGGCUUCCUGCCGAGCAGCGCGCACGUGAGCAUCGUCACGCCCGCCGACCCGCUCCAGCGCGGCUCUCAGCUCUCGAUCCGCAUCCCAGAUGCACCAAAGCAGGAGCAGCAGGCUCCCAACGGCGGCGAGGGUCAGACAAACAAGGACCAUGUGCCGCCGCCCAUCUCGGCGACGACGCUCGUGGCGCGGGUGCACAAGCGCGCCGAGAAGCAGCGCGGCCUCGUCGCAGACAUUCGUAACCCAGACAUGCUCCGGCUGGCGCCCCUGGCGCAAUUCAGCACCUUUACCGACGUCUUUGACGCCGCAUCGGCCCUCAAGGAGGCCCUGGAGCAGGAGCUUUAGUCAGACACACACACACACAUACUUAAAAUGAGAUCAGAGCUGCAAUCAAUGUGACUAUUUU